UUUUUUUUUGUUAACUUGAUUAAAUCUCUCUUUUUUUUUUAUUUUUGUUGAUAUGAUAAACAAAGAACAUUUAUUACCUUUAUGUUUUGCUCUUAGUAGUGCGACAUUUGGCUACUUUGCAAUACCAAUGAUUCAAUCAGGUCUCGAUAUGGUUGAUCCUAAUGUACAAACGACGUGCCAGUUCUCACCCGUGACAUUUACACACGUUGAUGCUGUGGAUCGAUUCUUGUGUAUUGUAGUGGCGUUUUUCCAACGUGCUAUGGAUGAUUAUAUUGGACUCAAAGUGACUCAUGUGCUACUCGGUUUAUUUGGAACAGUACAAGCUAUUAUGGCUGUAGAAGGCUCGCGUAACGGUUAUUCCAAGUAUCAUAUUAUGACAUGGUUUAUGUUUUGGGGUAUGUUGGCCAACGUGUUGACUAUUGCUUUAGUAUCCUCUCUGUUAUGGAUGCCUUUAUUUGUUCUGACUUCAAGAUCUUUUGUUUCUCGUACCAAACAACCAACAAAUGCCGAUAGUUCCAUUGAUGACAACUCUGUGCCCGUCAUGGUGUCUCCUGCCCGUUCCACCGCUAUUCUUGUGUCCCUCCUGGCUGGAUAUGGUCUUCCAUCUUUACUAAUGACAACAGAAUUGGUGGCAGAUUUUGAUUCCUCGCUUGCUCUACAAUUCAUUACAGUUUGGCAAUUUGCUCCUAUUUUGGUUCAAUUACUUUACACGGGAUUGACUUGGAUUUUUACACCUCUUUUGAAGGAUGAUCGUGUUAUGCCUUUGAUUGAAGAAGAUACCACAACAACAACAACACUGACACAAACGACACUGACAGAAACAACUGAGGUAUCAUCAUCAUCAUCAACAACAACAACCAAGAGAGUGGAUGUGAUCAUGACCGAAGAUGACGAGAACAACGAUGGCGAUGUAAAUCAACAACGACAGCGGAUUCGUAUGGCACAGAGUAAGGCAAGUGUUGAACAAUUAUAUCUCAUCUUGGCCGUCACCAACCUUCUUAUUUACUAUGGAUCGCUCGCGUUGAUCAAGAUGGAUGGCGUUCAUCUCAAAGAUAGUUUGAUCAUGGUAUUAACUAAAACAUUGCCUUCUGCUAACCUCACUCCUGUGGAAGUUGCCCAAUUCUUCUCUGGACACGUCCUUCUUCUUGAUUUAUUGGUAGUUACGACUGUUUUUUCUAUGUGGUCUUUGUAUGAAGAUGGUGUUUUGGUAUUCCUAUGUGUACUUCUUGGUUUGAUCGUGAUUGGUCCUGGUAGCUCUCUCUCUAUUUACUGUCUUUACCGUGAACAACGCAUUCAAAAGCCUGAAAACCUCAAACUUCGUAUCAAGAAAUCCAACUAGUUUUAUUAGCCUUAAUGUAGUUAGUAUUUUUAUUUCAUUUGUUUUAUAGUGUUUUCAAAGUUUAAUAUAUAUUAUAAAAAAAUAAAAAAUAAAAAGAAUUAUAAUUAUAAAAAA